UGUAUAUGUACACAACAAUACUGCUCUUGUCACAGAGUAUUUGAAAGCUUCAUGUUUCAACAACUGCAGCAACAAUGGAAUUUGCAAUGAUCAAGGGGUCUGUGAAUGCUACGAUAAUUUCCAUGACGGGGACUGUAGCAUAGACGAACGUACACGGCUCGUCAUAACAGAUGUAGAAGGAGAUGGUUUCUGUGCUUUGGAAGUCGAUGAGGAUUGUACAUGCUUCUAUCUGUACACUUCAAAAGUAUUACGGAACUAUAAUUGCCGGAUCACAGGAAACAUGACAUUUUCGGAUGGCACGAAUAAAGCAAUGGAACGACAGGUAGUGCCCGGUGUUUACGAGGAUGCAUUCACUGCAUACUGUUGCAUUCCUGACGAACGAAGCAAGAGAUCAGCAAACAACGACAACGUUUUCACAUGGACCUUUUCUCUGUCCAUCAGCAACAACGGAGAAUCAUACAGUCUAGAACGAAACAUAGUCGUCUAUACUCCGCGGUGUCAAGACCGGGUACUCAACACACAACAAAUUCAAUUUCGUUUAAAGUCACAUUUCUGUUACAUCAACUCCGAAUGUGUAGCGGAAAAUACAUCGAUGACAAACGAUGGAUGUCACACGUGCAAACCACAGACUAACCAAUACAAUUGGACGAACAGUUGUGGAGAUUCAAAUACCGAGGUUGAAACUCAAACGAAUGAUGUGACGAUUAUUGUAACAGUUGUUGUAGCAGCCCUGGUAUUCAUUCCUUUUAUUGUCGCAUUAACUUGUUGCGCGAUCAAAAGGUAUACAGCUCGAAAUCGUCGCAGACUUAAAGCAAUGCAAUAUGAACACAUCGUCCUGCCAUAUGUUCCACCAGAUACUCCAAGAGACAUUUUCGUACCAGACAACAUUCUCCGAAAUGAGGGCAGGCGUCGAAACAAGCCACAUCAGGAGAUAGCACUUACUGCUUCCGACAACGUACUCUUCUGACGAGGACUAUUAUUGACACAUGAAGACUGUGUGGGUCUAGAUGCGUUCGUGUCACCAUGCUGCACAUGAAAACAUUGUAUAUUCAAAAACGAGUCUGCAUGUGAAUAAACUUUCGAUUAUGUGCUUUUCCUUUUAUAACGUCUUUUUAUAAUGUUUACCUAUUUUGACCUAAGCAUUAUUCGUCUACUUUUACAUCACGGAAAGAAGAAUAUGUCGCCAUAAUUUCAACGUCAUCUGUCAUACAUUUUUUUAAAGAAUGGAUUAUUGCCAAUUUUAAAAUGUCCAUUAUAAAACAAAGGCGUAUUAAUAAUAUUUUCUACGUCAUGAGUUUUUACAUCAAAAGUGUUAAUAAUAGGAUAAUGAUGCAAUCCAAAAUUCAUUUUACUCGUAUUCUAAAUAAUUCAAAUAUACUGUACGCCAUUUUUACAAAGUUCACUUACCUUUACCAUGUAUUGUUUAAGAAUAUUACAUUUGUUUUCGCUACAUGAAUAGGAGUAGGGAUUAAAUUACGAGUGCGAAGCACGAGUGAUUUAAAACCACGCAUCUAAACUUCCGGUCGUGGG